GCGGCGCGGGCCCGGUGGCAGAUAGGCGGGCGGGCGGCGGUGGUGCUGGGCGCGGGGCCACGUGACGGAGGUGAGGGCCGGGGGCGGCCGUGGCGCUGGGGGCGCUCGAUCAUGGAGCUGAAAUGGUUACUGUACGUGGCCCUGCUAGCUCUUGGGACUCUUGCCGUCCAGGCACAUGAUAUGGAUGAUGACAAUGACGGUGAUGAUGUAGUUGAUAUCGAGGAUGAUUUGGAUGAUGGCAUUGAGGAGGUAGAAGAGUCAAAGCCUGAAACCAGCAGUCCUCCUCCAACUCCAAAGGUUACCUACAGGGCUCCUGUCCCAACUGGCGAGGUGUAUUUUGUAGAGUCCUUUGAUAAAGGAACUCUGGAUGGAUGGAUCCUUUCCAAAGCCAAGAAAGAUGAUACAGAUGAUGAAAUUUCCAAAUACGAUGGUAAAUGGGAAGUCCAAGACAUGAAGGACACUAAGCUUCCAGGAGACAAAGGGCUUGUACUGGUAACCCGAGCCAAACAUCAUGCAAUUUCAUCCAAACUUUCAAAGCCUUUUGUAUUUGAUACCAAGCCCCUUAUUAUACAGUAUGAAGUAAACUUCCAAAAUGGAAUAGAGUGUGGUGGGGCCUAUGUGAAGUUGCUUUCAAAGACCCCCGAAUUGAACCUGGAUCAGUUCCAUGACAAAACUCCAUAUACAAUCAUGUUUGGCCCUGACAAAUGUGGAGAGGACUAUAAAUUGCACUUCAUCUUCCGACACAAAAACCCAAAGACUGGCAAAUAUGAGGAGAAGCAUGCGAAGCGUCCAGAUGCAGACUUAAAGACCUACUUUACUGAUAAGAAGACACACCUUUAUACUCUGGUCUUGAAUCCUGAUAAUAGUUUUGAAAUACUGGUUGAUCAAACGGUUGUCAACAGUGGGAACUUGCUAAAUGAUAUGUCUCCUCCUGUGAAUCCACCCCGAGAGAUUGAGGACCCGAAUGACCAGAAGCCUGAGGACUGGGAUGAGAGACCCAAAAUCCCAGAUCCAGAUGCUGUUAAGCCAGAUGACUGGGAUGAGGAUGCUCCUGCAAAAAUACCUGAUGAAAAUGCUGUGAAACCGGAGGGCUGGCUGGAUGAUGAGCCAGAAUAUGUAGCAGAUCCUGAUGCUGAGAAGCCUGAAGAUUGGGACGAGGAUAUGGAUGGUGAAUGGGAGGCACCUCAGAUUGCAAAUCCUAAGUGUGAGUCAGCUCCUGGCUGUGGUACCUGGCAGCGACCAAUGAUUGACAAUCCAAACUACAAGGGCAAAUGGAAGCCUCCUAUGAUCGAUAACGUGAACUAUCAGGGGAUUUGGAAGCCCAGGAAGAUCCCAAAUCCAGAUUUCUUUGAAGACCUGGAGCCUUUCAAGAUGACUCCCUUCAGUGCUGUGGGACUUGAGCUGUGGUCAAUGACUUCUGACAUCUUUUUUGACAACUUUAUCAUCUGUACUGAAAGAACUGUGGCUGAUGACUGGGCUAAUGAUGGAUGGGGACUAAAAAAGGCGGCUGAUGGUGCUGCAGAGCCUGGUGUUGUGGGCCAGAUGAUGGCAGCCGCUGAAGAGCGUCCCUGGCUUUGGGUAGUGUACAUCCUCACUGUGGCUUUGCCAGUGUUCCUUGUUGUCCUUUUCUGCUGUUCUGGGAAGAAGCAGCCAAGUGCUGCAGAAUACAAAAAGACUGAUGCUCCUCAGCCUGAUGUGAUGAGCGAGGAGAAAGAAGAAGAAAAGGACAAAGGAGACAAAGAAGAAGAGGAGGAGGAGGAAACAAAUGAGGAGAAGCUAGAAGAGAAGCAAAAAAGUGAUGCUGAUAUAGGAAGUGCUAGUCAAGAGGAAGAGGAGGAAGAAGAUGAGGAAGAAGACAGGAAACCUGCAUCAGAGGAGGAAGAAACUGUGAAUAGAUCACCCAGAAACAGAAAGCCAAGGAAAGAUUGAAAAAAAAUCAUAAAAACUUGAUCUGAUUUUUUUUUCAAAACCUGGUUCUGGGAGAGGACCUUGGACACCUUACAUUGAAACUUGGACAAACCUCAAGAUUUCACCAUCCACAGGUUCCAGUCACACUAUCCAAUGUAAUGGAGUGUCUAGCAGUAAAAUAUUUGCAAUCAUCUGUUUUAAGGAACAUCAUUCCUGUAGAAAGAAUGCAGUUAAUAUAAUGGGCUGUGGAUUUUGGAAUGUAACAUAACUAACCUUUUUCAUUUUUGGUUUUAAAUAUUCUUUUCUGUUUUUAAGUAGAUUGGUAGAACUUUACCAGUCUCAAACCUUGGUUUAAUUUAAUAUAUUAGUGAGGAAUAACAAUGAAUCUUGAAAGUGCUAGAUGAUAAAAAUGCAGUUUUAUAACUAGUUUUUUUUACAAACAUGUAAAUUCGUAAAUGCACCGAUGUCUUUAUAUAUAUCCCUUAAAAUUUAAUAAUUGUUUAAAGAAAAGCUGUCAACAUAUUUGACAAUACCUCUUCCCACAAAGGAAAAAAAACGGGAAGGGGGGAUGUGUGGGGAAACAGUAGCUAAACUCUCCAACUCUGUUCUUCUGGGGGUCAUUGGGGGAGGAGAGGAAGGGGUGGAAGGAAGGAAUUAGUUGGUUUCUGGAAUAUGCACUCUGUGCAUGGCUAAAGCCCAGUUAAGUGUUGAUAAAUGAUCUAGGAUUCGGAGUGGAUUGUCCUAAUGUGGCAUUUAAUCCUGCAGACCUUGCAGAUAAUAGCUCUUGUUAGUUCUUGAACUCUUUUCGUAAAGCUAAUGGGUCGUUGGGGUGGGCUGGGGUUAGACUACUUUCCCCUUUCCCCUCUGUUCACCCACUGAUGCUUUCCUUUCUCUCUUGACUGUACAGCUUUUUUUUCCUGAGUGCAGCUUUGCCUCAAUUGCUGGAAGUGCUUCAUGUUCAGCUCAUUGUCAAAACUCUUUAUGUUUAUAGCUAGGCCUACUCCAGGGUCCAGACACUGGAUAGGACAGUGUCCCAUAUCCUCUCACUGUUAUCACCGUAUGUCAAUUCCUGUAGGAAUGGGGGAGGUGGUCAGGUAGACAAGAUGAACUGAAUAUUUCUUAAGGAAAAACAAAACAAAACAAAAAAAACACAAAUUAACCAACAUGUCAGUAUUUGUAGGUGGGGAAGGAGCAUGUGGAAUAUCUUAAGUGGUAUGUGAAACUGUUUAAGUCUUUUAUCUGCUCUUCAUGUAACAAAUGCAUCCUAAAUUAUAUUGUGAAUGUUAGGGAGUUCCAAUUCCAGCUGAAUAAAUUUUUUUAAAGUGUUGAGUCUACCAUAUUAUACUGUUUCAAACACUUGUGGAAUGCCGGUGAUCACUACAAGAGCAUACCUCUGAGGGUGAAAUCUAUGUAACUUCAUUACACUGUACCAAAUAUGUUGGAGUUCGGAUGUCUAUAUAGAUAAGCUUUUCUUUUUGUUUAGAGUGAAAUUAAAUGUCCUGAAAUUACUCUUCUUGCACUGAAUUUAAACACUCCAGUGUUGGUUGGUCAUAGGUAUAGUACGGGGAGUAAUUCCCAGUAGCCGGGGAGGGUCGGGUGCUCCAAUUACCUUGCAAACAAUCUAACCAAUUACUAAAAGCCUCAUUUUUUUUUGGAGAAACAUCUUUUGCUGCCUGUCCUUAUGUUGUAUCCCUUGGUUGUUGUGUUUGAAAUAUUAGUGACCACAAAUGCAUAGCAGGAUUUCUUGAUCUUUCUGCAGCGUGCAAAUAAACUAUUGUAAGCAAGAUACUGGAAGUAACUUCAGACUUCUGUUGGGAGCUAUUGCAUGUUUAGAAUGCCUUUGCCUGUUGAACACCUGGUAACUGCUGCUCCUUCUGCCAAAAUAGCUUAUACUCUGACAUGGAAGAUGUGGAAGAUGUCAUAGCUUAAGCAUUGCUAUUAGCUUGUUCUCAGGACUGUAUUUUUAUCAAGGAGCAGCUGCUAUUUAUGACUCAGUCCUUUGAGAUGAAGUAUAUGUAAAUGGUCUCAAUUCAGCUAACAUCUUGGGCACAACAUAAAUCUAUUAAUCCAAUGUUUUCUAUCUUAAUAUGCAAAUUGCCUUAAAUUCCUGAACAAUUCAUGUGCAUACAUGUUCUUUCUAAGCAUCAAAAAGGAACUUAAGAUCGGCUAUCAGCUUCUAAAUAGUAUUAUGUUAAGGUGAAAUGUAAAUCUACAUUUGCUUCCGCUAAAUCUCCUUAAGAGGUCUCCUGUCUGCAUGUUAUGGCUUUUUUUUGAUACCAUAGUGUAUGCUUUAAAUAAUCACUACAAUAAAUUAUGACUUUCCAAAACGGA